UUGGUCGGUCGCCGCGGCCGGGAAGAACCCGGAUGUGACUGGGUAGUCGUGUUGGCAGUCGGGGCUCUGAGGUGUGGGCGUUCUGGGGGCGCUGGCAGCCGAGGCGGAUGGCGCGGGGUUGGGCCGGCUUCUCUGAGGAGGAGCUGAGGCGACUGAAGCAAACUAAAGAUCCAUUUGAACCACAGCGGCAUCUCCCUGUGAAGAAAAGUCGACAACAACUUCAGCGAGAAAAAGCCCUUCAAGAGCAAAGCCAAAAACUUGGACUUCAAGAUGGAUCAAGCUCAGUACCUCCAGAGCAGCUGCUUUCUGCACCCAAACCAAGAUUUAAUACUCGAAAACCACACUCUUCUUCCCCCGUUCCUCCUAAUCCUCUUACACUCACUUCUCCUGUUGGUGAUGGAAAACCACAGGGGAUUGAAGGUCAACCAAGGGAACUGGGACUUGAGAAUUCCCAUGAUAGUCACAAAAACACUGAGGUCCUACCUCCAAAGCCAGAUUGCAAAAUGGAAAAAAAGAAAGUGGAAUUGCAAGAAAAAUCUCGUUGGGAAGUCCUCCAAGAAGAACAACGGCUUAUGGAAGAGAAAAAUAAACGUAAGAAAGCUCUUUUGGCUAAAGCUAUUGCAGAAAGAUCUAAAAGAACUCAAGCAGAGACCCUGAAACUAAAGCGGAUCCAAAAGGAGUUACAGGCUUUAGAUGACAUGGUGUCAGCUGACAUUGGGAUCCUCAGGAACCGGAUUGAUCAAGCCAGCCUUGAGUAUUCAUAUGCUCGGAAGCGCUUUGACAGGGCGGAAGCGGAGUACGUGACGGCAAAGCUGGAGCUACAGCGCAAGACUGAGAUCAAAGAGCAACUCACUGAACACCUCUGUACCAUCAUACAGCAAAAUGAGCUCCGCAAGGCCAAGAAGUUGGAAGAGUUGAUGCAACAACUGGAUGUACAAGCUGAUGAGGAGACCCUGGAGCUUGAGGUGGAGGUGGAGAGAUUGCUGCGCGAACAAGAAGCCGAAGCAGGGAGACAGAUGGUUCAUCUGGAGAGGCCACCUCAGCCUUCUGGGGAGAGUGUGACUUUAGGAUUUGCCAAAGAGAGCAGAAAUCAUCGAGAUGCAGCCGCCUCUCAAAAGGUAGAUGAACGGUGUGAAAAUUCCAGUAGCAAUCCCCUUCUGAAUGCAGACCAAAGUCAAGAAGUUAAAAUUACCGUAAAGGACAUUUCAGCCGCUCUGACCACAUGAAGUGCCAGAGUUUGUACCUUGCGGCUGGUAAACGUCUGUUGUGGAUUAUGCCGUGAGCUCUGAUAAAACGGUGUUAACUUUGAAUCCGUGGUUAGUUUCAGUAGAACAUGUUUGACAUUCUGAACCCUCGCAUUAUGAUUAUUUGAUAUAUAGGCACACGUUCACCUUGAUCCAGGGCCAGGUCCUCCUGGUGCACUCUUAAUACCAGGUGGAAACAAACCACCUAAACAGACGGAAGAGACGCUACACGAUUGAGAGUGUGUUGCACCAGGUAAAUCUAGAAGAGUAAGAUGGAAAGUGAUACUCGACACCUAAUCAGACUCCUGUGACUUUUCCUAGGAGAGGUGUUGACGAUGAGAUACCUGUUUUAUGUAGUCCAUAAAGACUUAAAAAUUAGCAUGUGAAAGAGACAGAAGGAGAAAAAACUAACAGAAGUAGCAUAUUGAAUUGUCUAUUGGAUCGUAGUCGAGCUGCAAAACCCAACUUGGAAGCUGCAGUUUAACAGAAGGAACCAGACAGCUUCAGUAACAUUUUCGUCUUCAGUUUGCCUGUUAAAUGGCUUUAACUUACAACCUGAGUUUUGAUUAGUUGCUACACACACACGCACACACACACACACACACACACACACACACAAAUACACCAUUAGCAUGCGUAAUUUUACUGUUAAUGUAUUGUCUUUAAUCAGCACAUUGAUUAAAUUUAGACAAAACGUUUCUGUAGUGAGGCUAAAAUAAUACAGAAAAUCUAUUACUAUUGAUUAUCAAAAAAAUUGAUAUAUUUUCUUUCUAAAGUUGUCUGUAAAUAUGUGUUAUAUACGUUGGAUAUAAAUUAUCCUGUCAUAAAGCAUUUAAAUUGUCCAAAUGGUGAUUUUAAUAGUCUGUUAAUUACUAUCACUUCACUAAUAAUUGACCACCACAUUGUGCUAUAUGUGAAUAUAUAAAUAAAGACUGUUGUUUUGUCACAAAAUCUGUGAAUUUCACAGUAAAUUAUGAUCUAUUUAUCAGAACUUCCAAAAGUGCAAAUACUAAAGUCUUGGAAAAAAACCUAUUAUAAAAGAGAAUAAAGACAAAUGUAAUAUUGUAUUUAUAAUGCUGUCGAAAAAGUUGGGGACAUCCUAUUUUUAAAUGAAUUUGGGGUUAUUCAUGUGGAUGAGCUGUGUAUUUUUAUGUUCUGUAAUUCGGGUUGAAAUUAUAGCCUUCCAGUGCUGACUUCUCUGAACAGAAGCAUUUACAUAGAUAGUUGUGUUUUUAUUUAUGAAUGACUUUCAUAAAAACUAAAAGCAUCAUUGUCCAAUACUCUUAUUUUUCUAAGGAAUAAACAAGUCUGAUACACCCAUAA